UCUACCCCUAUCCUCCUCCUCCUCCUCCUCCUCCUCAUCCUCAUCCUCGAUUCCUCGACCCCGAUCGUCCUCGAACGCUCCCCAUCGUCGAGGUCGAUCGAUCGCACCGCGACUCGCCGCUUCUCGCGCUCCACGAUGGUGUGCGCCAAUCGCGAAAUGGCGGUGUAUUGCUUCGACACCCUCGUCGCCCACUACAACUGUGAACAACCCGCUCCCCCGGCCUUCGAGGAGGAAGGCGAGCACCCCUUGUUUGUUACUUGGAAAAAAGCAACCAGUGGCGGAGAGCCGCGCCUGCGAGGAUGCAUAGGAACUUUAGAAGGUCGUCGCUUGAUCAAUGGCUUUAGGGAUUAUGCAUUAACGAGCGCUCUGAAAGACCGACGCUUCCCACCAAUACAGGCUAAAGAAUUACCAUAUUUGGAAUGCACAGUUUCUAUACUUACUAACUAUGAAACUGCUCUCCAUUUCCUUGAUUGGGAGUGUAGAAGAGGAAAUUCCCCACUUGCUACAUUGCCCGCCUUUUAUGAUCCAAUGGGAAAUAUUGGAGUCGAAUUCCAAAAAUCCGAGAUCCUGAUGUCAACUUCAUCGGCUUCUCUUUCGUUUUGCACGCAUAUAGGUAAGCAUGGUUUGAUCAUUGAGUUUACUGACCCUGAUUGCAACAUUAGGCGCAGUGCGACUUACUUGCCCGAGAUUGCCGCACAGGAAGGCUGGACAAAGAUCGAAACAAUCGACUCGCUAAUGAACAAAGCAGGCUACUAUGGCUUCAUCAAUGAGUCGCUACGAAAGAAGCUUCACGUGACACGCUACGAGAGCACCCUAUACACCAUGCACUACAGUGACUACGCAUUGUACGUUGAGAUGACCAGAGGCGAGGUCCCUGGGUUCAUUGGGUCUUCCACCAUCAAUGGGGUGAAACCCAACCAUUGAUUAUUCUUACCUCACCCAGCUUUGUUGUAAUUUUAAAGCUGUGAAGGUAUAUACAUUUACACUUUGAUCUUAUUGAUAUGCUAUCUUAUUUAUCUUAAGAAAAUGGAGAGGGGAUGCCAAUUAAGUUCCCCAUAACUAUUGCAAUGUUAUGUAAGAGUUAUCUAUUUGUGAUCUAAGAUUUCCCUGUUCUACGUUGUUGUAAUGGAUUAGACAUCUAUUUCUCGAGUUGAA